ACCUUCUAUGCCUCAGACUAGGUGUAAAGACUUAGGAGCAUUUGUUAGGAAAGGAUUUGGAGCUUAAAAAUACGGCGCUGUGAUUUUCAACAUAAAGACCACAAACAGCGCUAGAGCACAAGAAGUAUUUAAAACAUAUCACAUUCCUCAGAAGUUGGGGGACUACAAAGUCCAAGUCGUCCAGUCCUGCCUGCUGAGACUGUUCGCGCUUCCGCCCUGUACAAACCCGGGCAGGCGACCAGAAGAGACGAAUUUCAGCUGCAGAAGAGGAAGAGCAUCACCUGCAGUCCGAGGCGUGGGAAACGAACCGCUACCCGACGGGAUUCGUGCGCCCUGGAGGUGCUCGCCACGGGGGCCGGGGCUGCUCCGGUGCUGGGCGCGAGGGAGGACAGCGCUCUGCGGAGCCCCGAGGACACGGGGGUGGGGGGUGGGAGAGGGACAGACUUUUCACCGUGGGGACGGUUGCCGCCGGAGAGAUCGCUGCGGUGGGGAGCCCGCGGCAGCCCGGGCGUCCGCAGCUGCCACAGGCGGGGAGGCAGGCCGGAGCGGGUGAACCCCUACAGUGCGGUGGAGCCGGGGAGCCGGGGGCGAGGCGGGGCGCUGACGUCACCUCCCCUCCCCCAGCGGCUCCUGGAGGGAGGAGUGGGGAAAGAGGCAGAGAUCCGCCGCAGCUGCCGGCCGUAAGUCCUCAAGUCAGUCGGCGGCUGGCUGCCUGGGCAUGUUCUGAGAAACUUGGCGUCCCCGCGGCCCUCGGCGCAGCCCCGCGCUCUCUCUCGGCCACCUCUUCUGGUUCUCAACUUUCCCCCGGUCGGAAGCCACUGGAGAUGCGCCCACCUGGGUCCCGACAGCGCCGGUGGAUCGCACUGUGGUUGGGGAUAUGCUGAAGAUCCGAGGGAAGCAAAGUUGGGACUUCCAGCCCGGCUCUUAACAAAUUCCCAAACCGCGUGGGGAAUUGUCCAACUGCCGGGUGCCGGAAGGAAGGGCCCCGGAGACUAGGCUACGAGGGGAAAUGGUGCCCAGGGAGGGCGCCGUGGGGACCGCGUGAUCUGCAGUGGCGCAGCGCCCUCUAGUCCAAGCCACCGGCACGACGCGCUCCUAGCUGGAAUCCGCGCGGACAGGGAACUUGGACCUGCCAGCACUCGAGCGCCGGCCGGAGCUCCGCACCCCAGCCUUCACUUACCCCCACCCGGACCACACUUUAUGCGCUUUCAGAGUCAGCUCGAGUGAACCGGGUUGCAGAGGCGGUGCUUGAGGAAAAGAGGCUUUCGGGGGGAACAGCCCUUCUUCCACUUAUUUUCCUCCAGCCUCUGGGGACAAGGUUAGGGAAGAUGUACUAUUUAGAGGAUGUAUGCGGAACUUGAACUUCGUUUCUCUUUAUGUGAAGGAAACUCGCUCGUCGCCAAAAAGGUGGCUGGGAGUUGACAAUGGGGAGACACUUGGCCUUGCUUCUGCUUCUGCUCCUCCUGCUCCAGCAUUUUGGAGAUAGUGAUGGAAGCCAGAGACUUGAACCAACUCCUUCUAUACAGUUUACACAUUUCCAGUACAAUGUCACUGUGCACGAGAACUCUGCAGCCAAAACCUAUGUUGGCCAUCCUAGGAAAAUGGGCAUUUAUAUCACAAACCCUUCAUGGGAAUUAAGGUACAAAAUUGUCUCAGGAGACAACGAAAACCUGUUUAAAGCUGAAGAGUACAUCCUUGGAGACUUUUGCUUUCUAAGAAUAAGGACCAAAGGAGGAAAUACAGCUAUUCUUAAUAGAGAAGUGAGAGACCACUACAUAUUGCAAAUCAAAGCAGUUGAGAAAAACACUAAUGCUGAGGCACGAACAAAGGUCAGGGUACAAGUGCUGGAUACAAAUGACUUAAGGCCAUUGUUCUCCCCAACGUCUUACAGUGUUUCCUUACCCGAGAACACAGCCAUAAGGACCAGUAUUGCAAGAGUCAGUGCUACAGAUGCAGACAUAGGAACCAAUGGAGAAUUCUACUACAGUUUUAAAGACCGAACUGACAUGUUUGCUAUUCAUCCAACUAGUGGCGUGGUGGUUCUAACUGGCAGGCUUGAUUUCCUAGAGACCCGGCUCUAUGAGCUGGAGAUCCUUGCUGUGGACCGGGGAAUGAAAUUGUAUGGCAGCAGUGGGAUUAGCAGCAUGGCCAAGCUCACCGUUCAUGUGGAACAGGCCAAUGAGUGCGCUCCUGCGAUAACCGCAGUGACAUUAUCACCCUCUGAGCUGGACCAGGACCCAACGUACGCAAUUGUCACUGUGGACGACUGUGACCAGGGUGCCAAUGGAGAGAUAGCUUCUUUGAGCAUUGUGGCAGGUGAUCUCCUUCAACAGUUUAAAACCGUGAGGUCCUUUCCAGGGAGUAAAGAGUUCAAAGUCAAAGCCAUAGGGGGCAUCGAUUGGGAUAGCCAUCCUUUUGGCUACAAUCUGACACUACAGGCUAAAGAUAAAGGAACUCCUCCCCAGUUCUCUUCUGUGAAAGUUAUUCACGUCAUUUCUCCACAGUUCAGAGCUGGGCCAGUCAGAUUUGAAAAGGAUGUUUACAGAGCUGAGAUAAGCGAAUUUGCUCCUCCUCACACACCUGUGGUCAUGGUCCAAGCCAUUCCUAGUUACUCCCAUUUGAGGUAUGCUUUUAAAAGUACACCUGGAAAAGCUAAACUCAGUUUAAAUCACAACACAGGUCUCAUUUCCAUUUUAGAACCCAUUAAAAGACAGCAGGCAUCCCAUUUUGAACUUGAAGUGACAACGAGUGACAGGAAAGCUUCGACCAAAGUCGUGGUAAAAGUCCUAGGUGCAAACAGCAACCCCCCUGAAUUUACCCAGACAGCGUACAGAGCAUCGUUUGAUGAGAAUGCGCCCAUUGGUACUACCGUCCUGAGUGUGAGCGCAGUAGACCCCGAUGAGGGUGAAAAUGGCUAUGUGACUUACAGUAUUGCAAACUUAAAUCACGUGCCAUUUGUUAUUGACCACUUCACUGGUGCUGUGAGUACUGCUGAAAACUUGGACUAUGAACUGAUGCCUCGGGUUUAUACUCUGAGGAUUCGUGCAUCAGACUGGGGCUUGCCCUACCGCCGGGAAGUUGAAGUCCUUGCCACGAUUACUCUCAAUAACCUGAAUGACAAUACCCCUUUGUUUGAGAAAAUAAAUUGUGAAGGAACAAUUCCCAGAGACUUCGGUGUAGGGGAGCAGAUAACGACCGUCUCUGCUAUUGAUGCCGACGAGCUGCAGUUGGUACGGUACCAGAUUGAAGCUGGAAAUGAGCUGGAUUUGUUCAGCUUAAACCCCAGCUCUGGGGUACUGUCAUUAAAACAGUCACUCAUGGAUGGCUUGGGUGCAAAGGUCUCUUUUCUUAGUCUGAGAAUUACAGCUACAGAUGGAGAAAAUUUUGCCACGCCAUUCUAUAUCAACCUAACUGUGGCUGCCAGUCGCAAGUCAGUAAACUUGCAAUGUGAAGAGACUGGUGUGGCCAAAAUGCUGGCAGAGAAACUCCUGCAGGCCAAUAAAUUACACAGUCAGGGGGAAGUGGAGGAUUUCUUCUUUGAUUCUCACUCUGUCAAUGCCCAUGCCCCACAGUUUAGGCGUACUCUUCCCACUGGUAUUGAGGUAAAGGAGAACCAUCCUGUGGGUGCCAGUAUAAUUUUCAUGAAUGCUACUGACCUUGACUCUGGUUUCAAUGGAAAACUGGUCUAUGCUAUUUCUGGGGGAAAUGAUGAUAGCUGCUUUAUUAUUGACAUGGAAACAGGAGUGUUAAAAAUUUUAUCUCCACUUGACCGUGAAGUGACGGAAAGAUACACCCUGAAUAUUACUGUGUAUGACUUGGGCAUACCACAGAGGGCUGCUUGGCAUCUUCUAGAUGUCACUGUGCUGGAUGCCAAUGAUAACCCACCUGAGUUUUUACAGGAGAGUUAUUUUGUUGAAGUGAGUGAAGACAAGGAGAUAAACAGUGAAAUCAUCCAGGUUGAAGCCACUGAUAAAGAUCUUGGUCCUAGUGGACAAGUGACAUACUCUAUUCUCACAGACACAGAUAAGUUUUCAGUUGACAGCAUGACUGGUGUGGUGAAAAUUAUACAACCUUUGGAUCGUGAGGUACAGCAUGUGCAUUACUUAAAGAUUGAGGCCAGGGACCAGGCCACAGAAGAACCUCAGUUGUUCUCCACUGUGCUGUUGAAAGUAUCACUAGAUGAUGUUAAUGACAAUCCACCCAAGUUCAUUCCACCCAAUUACCGUGUGAAAGUUCGAGAAGAUCUGCCAGAAGGAACCAUAAUCAUGUGGUUAGAAGCUUAUGAUCCUGAUGUAGGUCAGUCUAGUCAGGUGAGAUACAGUCUUCUGGACCACGGAGAAGGCCACUUUGAUGUGGAUAAACUCAGCGGAGCAGUUAGAAUUGUACAGCAACUGGACUUUGAGAAGAAGCAAGUGUAUAAUCUCACUGUCAGGGCCAAAGACAAAGGGAAGCCCGUGUCUCUGUCCUCCACUUGCUAUGUGGAGGUCGAGGUAAUUGAUGUGAAUGAGAACUUACACUCGCCAGUGUUUUCCAGCUUCGUGGAGAAGGGUGUAGUGAAAGAAGAUGUCCUUAUCGGCUCAUCAGUAAUGACGGUGUCAGCCCAUGAUGAGGACACUGGCAGAGAUGGAGAGAUCCGGUACUCCAUCAGAGAUGGUUCUGGUGUUGGUGUUUUCAGGAUAGAUGAGGAAACAGGUGUUAUAGAGACUUCAGAUCGACUAGAUCGAGAAUCAACCUCCCACUACUGGCUCACCGUCUAUGCAACGGAUCAGGGUGUUGUGCCCCUGUCAGCCUUCAUAGAGGUCUACAUAGAAGUUGAGGAUGUCAAUGACAAUGCACCCCAGACUUCAGAGCCUGUUUAUUAUCCAGAAAUAAUGGAAAAUUCACCCAAGGAUGUAUCUGUGGUCCAGAUUGAGGCAUUUGACCCCGAUUCUAGCUCUAAUGACAAACUGACAUACAAAAUUACAAGUGGAAAUCCACAAGGAUUCUUCUCAAUACAUCCUAAAACAGGUCUCAUCACAACUACAUCGAGGAAACUAGACCGAGAGCAGCAAGGAGAACACAUAUUAGAAGUUACUGUGACAGACAAUGGAACACCCCCCAAAUCUACCAUUGCAAGAGUAAUUGUCAAAAUCCUUGAUGAAAAUGAUAACAAACCUCAGUUCCUGCAGAAGUUCUACAAAAUCAGGCUUCCUGAGCGAGAAAAACUAGAACGAGAAAGAAACGCCAAGCGAGAGCCCUUGUACCGGGUCAUAGCUACAGAUAAAGAUGAAGGAUCCAAUGCAGAAAUCUCCUACAGCAUAGAGGAAGGAAACGAGCAUGGGAAAUUUUUCAUUGAGCCCAAAACUGGAGUGGUUUCAUCCAAAAAGUUCUCUGCAGCUGGAGAAUAUGAUAUUCUUUCAAUUAAAGCAGUUGACAAUGGGCGUCCUCAGAAGUCAUCAACCACCAGACUCCAUAUUGAGUGGAUCUCCAAACCCAAACCAUCCUUGGAGCCAAUUUCAUUUGAAGAAUCCUUUUUCACAUUUACUGUAAUGGAAAGUGAUCCAGUGGCUCACAUGAUCGGGGUGCUGUCAGUGGAGCCUCCCGGCACACCUCUGUGGUUUGAAAUCAUUGGUGGCAACUAUGACAGUCACUUUGAUGUCGACAAGGGCACCGGGACCAUCAUUGUUGCCAAACCCCUGGAUGCAGAGCAGAAGUCCAGCUAUAACCUCACAGUGGAGGCUACAGACGGAACCACCACUAUCCUCACUCAGGUAUUCAUCAAAGUAAUAGAUACAAAUGACCACCGUCCUCAGUUUUCUACAUCAAAAUAUGAGAUUGUUAUUCCUGAAGACACAGUGCCAGAAACCGAGAUUCUGCAAAUCAGUGCAGUGGAUAAGGAUGAGAAAAACAAACUAAUCUACACUCUACAGAGCAGCAUAGACCCACUGAGCCUCAAGAAAUUCCGUCUUGAUCCCACAAGUGGCUCGCUCUACACUUCUGAAAAACUAGAUCAUGAAGCCAUUCAGCAACAUGUCCUCACAGUCAUGGUCCGGGAUCAGGAUGUCCCUGUAAAACGCAACUUUGCAAGAAUCCUGGUCAAUGUCAGUGACAUGAAUGACCAUGCCCCUUGGUUCACCAGCUCCUCCUAUGAAGGGCGAGUCUACGAAUCGGCAGCUGUGGGCUCAGUUGUGGUGCAGGUUACAGCCCUGGACAAAGACAAAGGGGAAAACGCUGAAGUGCUUUACUCCAUUGAGUCAGGAAAUAUUGGAAAUUCUUUUACAAUUGAUCCCAUCCUGGGAUCUAUAAGAACUGCCAGAGAAUUAGAUCGAAGUAACCAAGUGGAAUACGAUUUAAUGGUAAAAGCUACUGAUAAAGGCAAUCCACCGAUGAGUGAAAUGACUUCUGUGCAUAUCGUUGUCACUGUCGCUGAUAACGCCUCUCCUAAGUUCUCAUCGAAAGAAUACUCAGCUGAAAUCAGCGAGGCCCUCAGGGUUGGCAGCUUUGUUGGAAUGGUUUCAGCUCACAGUCAGUCAUCAGUGAUAUAUGACAUAAGAGAUGGAAAUGUAGGUGAUGCGUUUGAUCUUAACCCACAUUCUGGAAGUAUCAUCACCAAGAAAGCCUUGGAUUUUGAAACUUUACCCAUGUAUACAUUGACAAUACAAGGUACCAACAUGGCGGGUUUGUCUACCAAUACAACUGUUCUAGUGCAUCUACAGGACGAGAAUGACAACCAACCCAUUUUCAUGCAGGCGGAAUAUUCAGGACUCAUUAGCGAAGCGGCUUCACCCAACAGUGUGGUUCUAACAGACAGAAAUGUCCCACUAGUGAUUCGAGCAACUGAUGCUGAUAGGGAGUCCAAUGCUCGACUUGUUUAUCACAUCGUCGAGCCAUCCUUGCACAAGUAUUUUGCUAUUGAUUCCAGUACUGGUGCUAUUCAUACAGUACUAAGUUUGGACUAUGAAGAGACACGUGUUUUUCACUUCACCGUGCAAGUGCAUGACAUGGGGACUCCACGUUUGUUUGCUGAAUAUGCAGCUAAUGUGACUGUACAUGUAAUUGACAUCAAUGACUGCGCUCCUGUGUUCUCCAAAUCGUUAUAUGAAACGUCUCUUCUGUUACCAACAUAUAAAGGAGUAAAAGUCAUCACAGUAAAUGCCACAGAUGCUGAUUCCAGAGCAUUCUCACAGUUGAUAUACUCCAUCACCGAAGGCAACAUCGGGGACAAGUUUGCUGUGGACUGUGAGACUGGAGCUAUAACAAUACAAAACACAACUCAGUUACGAAGCCGCUAUGAGCUAACCGUUCGCACUUCUGAUGGAAGAUUUACCAGCUUCACUUCUGUGAAAAUCAAUGUGAAAGAAAGCAAAGAAAGUCCACUCAAGUUUACCCAAGAUUUCUACUCUGCAACUGUGAAGGAGAACUCCACGGAAGCCAAAACAUUAGCGGUCAUCACCGCUGUCGGGAACCCAAUCAAUGAGCCCUUGUUCUACCACAUCCUCAACCCAGACCGCAGAUUUAAAAUCAGCCGCACUUCGGGAGUGCUGUCAACCACUGGAAUACCAUUUGAUCGUGAGCAGCAGGAGGCAUUCGAUGUGGUUGUAGAGGUGACAAAAGAACACGAGCCUUCAACAGUGGCCCAUGUGGUCGCGAAGGUCACUGUAGAGGACCAGAAUGACAAUGCACCAGUGUUUGUCAACCUUCCCUACUAUGCUGUUGUGAAGGUGGAUUCUGAGGUAGGCCAUGUCAUCCGCUACGUUACUGCCAUAGACAGAGACAGUGGCCGAAAUGGGGAAGUGCACUACUACCUUAAGGAGCAUCACGACCACUUUCAAAUUGGACCCUUGGGUGACAUUUCUCUGAAAAAGCAAUUUGAACUUGACACCUUAAAUAAAGAAUAUCUUGUCACGGUGGUAGCAAAAGAUGGAGGAAGCCCAGCUUUCUCAGCUGAAGUUCUGGUUCCCAUCACUGUUAUGAACAAAGCCAUGCCUGUGUUUGAAAAGGCUUUCUACAGUGCAGAGAUUCCAGAGAAUAUCCAGGUGCACAGCCCGGUGGUCCACGUACAAGCCAACAGCCCAGAAGGGCUAAAAGUGUUCUAUAGCAUCACAGAUGGAGACCCUUUCAGUCAGUUUACUAUUAACUUCAAUACUGGAGUGAUAAAUGUCAUAGCUUCUCUGGAUUUUGAGUCCCACCCAGCAUACAAACUGAGCGUACGUGCCACUGACUCCUUGACCGGCACCCAUGCAGAAGUGUUUGUUGACAUCAUAGUAGAAGACAUCAAUGAUAACCCUCCUGUAUUUGUUCAGCAGUCUUAUGCCACAGCUCUGUCUGAAGCAUCUGUAAUUGGAACAUCUGUUGUUCAAGUUAGAGCAACAGAUUCUGAUUCAGAACCAAAUAGAGGAAUUUCCUACCAGAUGUUUGGAAAUAAUAGCAAGAGUCAUGAUCAUUUUCACAUAGAUAGUAACACAGGUCUCAUUUCAUUAGCCAGAACUUUGGAUUAUGAGACGUUCCAGCAACAUAAGAUAUUUGUAAGAGCUGUUGAUGGUGGCAUGCCCCCAUUGAGUAGCGACAUGAUUGUCAUUGUGGAUGUCACUGACCUCAAUGAUAAUCCACCUCUGUUUGAUCAUCAAAUUUAUGAAGCCAAAAUUAGUGAGCAUGCUGCUCAUGGGCAUUUUGUGACAUGCGUAAAAGCCUGGGACGCAGACAGGUCAGAUGUAGACAAGCUGGAAUAUUCCAUUCUGUCUGGCAAUGAUCAUAAAAACUUUGUCAUCAACAGUGAAACAGGGAUUAUCACGCUCUCAAACCUGCGCCGGCACACACUGAAGCCAUUUUACAGUCUUAAUGUUUCCGUGUCAGAUGGGGUUUUUAGGAGUUCGGCUCAGGUUCACGUGACUGUAAUUGGAGGCAAUUUGCACAGUCCUGUUUUUCUUCAGAAUGAGUAUGAAGUGGAACUAGCUGAAAACGCUCCCUUACAUACCCUGGUGGUUCAGGUAAAGGCAACAGAUAGAGAUUCUGGUAUUUAUGGUCACAUCACUUACCAUAUUGUAAAUGACUUUGCUAAAGACAGGUUUUAUACAAAUGACAGAGGGCAGAUAUUCACUUUGGAAAAACUUGAUCGAGAGACCCCAGCAGAGAAAGUAAUCUCGAUCCGUUUAAUGGCUAAGGAUGCUGGAGGGAAAGUUGCUUUCUGCACCAUUAAUGUCAUCCUUACAGACGACAAUGAUAAUGCACCACAGUUUCGCGCAAUCAGGUAUGAAGUGAACAUUGGAUCCAGUGCUGCCAAAGGGACGUCAGUCAUUAAAGUUUUUGCAAGUGAUGCGGAUGAGGGAUCCAAUGCCGAUGUCACCUAUACCAUUGAGGCAGAUUCUGAAAGUGUCAAGGAAAAUUUAGAAAUUAACAAACUGACUGGUGUCAUUACCACAAAGGAAAGUUUAAUUGGCUUAGAAAAUGAGAUCUUCACUUUCUUUGUUCGAGCUGUGGAUAAUGGGUCUCCACCAAAAGAAUCUGUUGUUCCUGUCUAUGUUAAAAUACUUGCACCAGAAAUACAGCUUCCGAGGUUUUCAGAGCCAUUUUAUACCUAUACAGUUUCAGAAGAUGUGCCAAUUGGGACAGAAAUCGACCUCAUCAGGGCAGAGCAUAGCGGCACUGUUCUUUACAGCCUUGUCAAAGGGAAUACUCCCGAAAGUAAUAGAGAUGAGUUCUUUGUGAUUGACAAGCAGAGUGGGAGACUGAAAUUGGAGAAGAGUCUGGACCAUGAGAGCACUAAGUGGUACCAGUUUUCCAUUCUGGCCAGGUACACUCUUGAUGACUAUGAGGUAGUGGCUUCUGUAGAUGUAAGUAUCCAGGUGAAAGAUGCAAAUGAUAACAGCCCGGUUUUGGAGUCCAAUCCGUAUGAGGCAUUUAUUGUUGAAAAUUUGCCAGGGGGAAGUAGAGUGAUCCAGAUCAGGGCAUCUGACCUAGAUUCAGGAACCAAUGGCCAAGUGAUGUACAGUCUAGAUCAGUCCCAAAGUGCAGAUGUCAUCGAUUCCUUUGCCAUUAAUAUGGAAACAGGCUGGAUUACGACUCUCAAGGAACUUGAUCAUGAAGAGAGAGACAAUUACCAGAUUAAAGUGGUUGCAUCAGAUCAUGGUGAAAAGGUUCAGCUGUCCUCCACGGCCAUCGUGGAUGUUACUGUUACUGAUGUCAAUGACAGUCCACCAAGAUUCACAGCCGAGAUUUAUAAAGGGACCGUGAGUGAGGAUGAUCCUCCGGGGGGAGUCAUUGCCAUCUUAAGUACCACUGAUGCUGAUUCUGAGGAGAUCAACAGACAAGUGACAUAUUUCAUAACAGGAGGAGAUGCUUUGGGUCAGUUUGCUGUUGAAAAUAUACAAGGUGAAUGGAAGGUCUAUGUGAAGAAACCACUAGACAGGGAACAAAAGGACAGUUACCUUCUGACCAUCACAGCAACUGAUGGGACCUUCUCUUCAAAAGCUAUAGUUGAAGUGAAAGUUCUUGAUGCAAAUGACAACAGUCCAGUUUGUGAAAAGAUUCUGUAUUCCGACACCAUUCCUGAAGACGUCCUUCCUGGGAAGCUGGUCAUGCAGGUCUCCGCCACAGAUGCAGACAUCCGGUCCAAUGCUGAGAUCACUUACACUUUAUUUGGUUCAGGUGCAGAGAAAUUCAAACUAAAUCCAGACACAGGUGAACUGAAAACGUUAGCUCUCCUUGAUCGUGAAGAGCAAGCAGUUUAUAAUCUUCUAGUCAAGGCCACAGAUGGAGGAGGAAGAUCCUGUCAGGCUAAUAUUGUGCUCACAUUGGAAGAUGUGAAUGAUAAUGCCCCUGAAUUCACUGCGGAUCCUUACACCAUCACAGUGUUUGAAAACACAGAGCCUGGGACGCUUCUGACCCGGGUGCAGGCCACAGAUGCAGAUGCAGGAUUGAAUCGGAAGAUUUCCUAUUCACUGAUUGACUCUGCUGAUGGGCAGUUCUCCAUUAAUGAACUGUCUGGAAUUAUUCAGUUAGAAAAGCAUUUGGACAGAGAGCUACAGGCAGUGUAUACUCUCACUUUGAAAGCAGUAGACCAAGGAUUGCCAAGGAGGUUGUCAGCCACUGGCACUGUGGUCGUAUCAGUUCUGGAUAUAAAUGACAACCCACCUGUGUUUGAGUACCGUGAAUAUGGUGCCACAGUGUCUGAGGACACUCUGAUUGGGACGGAAGUUCUUCAGGUGUAUGCAGCAAGUCGGGAUAUCGAAGCAAAUGCAGAAAUCACCUACUCAAUAAUAAGUGGAAAUGAACAUGGAAAAUUCAGCAUAGAUUCCAAAACAGGGGCCAUAUUUAUCAUUGAGAACCUGGAUUACGAAAGCUCCCAUGAAUACUACCUGACUGUGGAAGCCACUGAUGGAGGCACACCUUCACUGAGUGACUUGGCAACUGUGAGCAUCAAUGUGACAGAUAUCAACGACAACACCCCUGUGUUCAGCCAAGACACCUACACGACAGUGGUCAGUGAGGAUGCCGUUCUUGAGCAGUCUGUCAUCACGGUCAUGGCCGAUGAUGCUGAUGGACCGUCAAAUAGCCACAUCCACUACUCGAUUAUAGAAGGCAAUCAAGGAAGUCCGUUUACGAUUGACCCUGUCAGGGGAGAAGUGAAAGUGACAAAACCUCUAGACAGGGAAAUGAUUUCAGGUUAUACGCUCACAGUGCAAGCUUCAGAUAAUGGCAAUCCACCCAGAGUCAACACGACCACAGUGAAUAUUGACGUGUCUGAUGUCAAUGACAAUGCUCCCGUCUUCUCCAAGGGCAACUACAGUGUCAUCAUCCAAGAAAACAAGCCAGUGGGUUUCAGUGUCCUACAGCUAGCUGUGACAGACAAGGACUCUUCUCACAACGGUCCCCCCUUCUUCUUUACUAUUGUGAAUGGCAAUGAUGACAAAGCAUUUGAAGUGAACCAGCAUGGAGUCCUCCUGACGGCAGCUGUCAUAAAGAGGAAAGUGAAGGACCAUUACCUCCUGCAUAUUAAGGUGGCGGAUAAUGGAAAACCCCAGCUGUCAUCUUUGACACACGUUGACAUCAGGGUCAUUGAGGAGAGCAUCCAUCCUCCUGCCAUUUUGCCACUGGAGAUUUUCAUUACUGCUUUUGGAGAGGAAUAUUCGGGUGGGGUCAUUGGAAAGAUCCAUGCAACAGACCAAGAUGUGUAUGACACGUUGACCUACAGUCUGGAUCCCCACACGGACAGCCUGUUCUCUGUUUCCAGCACAGGGGGCAAGCUGAUUGCACACAAAAAGCUGGAUAUAGGCCAGUACCUUCUUAAUGUCAGUGUAACAGAUGGGAAGUUUACAACAGUGGCUGACAUCACAGUUCACAUCCAACAAGUGACGCAGGAGAUGCUGAACCACACCAUUGCUAUCCGCUUUGCCAAUCUCACUCCGGAAGAAUUCGUUGGUGACUAUUGGCGAAACUUCCAGCGAGCUCUACGGAACAUCCUGGGUGUCAGGAAAAACGACAUACAGAUUGUCAGUUUGCAGCCCGCAGAACCUCAUUCGCAUCUAGAUGUCUUACUCUUUGUAGAGAAAUCAGGUACUGCCCAGGUUUCAACAAAGCAACUUCUGCUCAAGAUUAAUUCUUCUGUGACUGAUAUUGAGGAAAUCAUUGGUGUGAGGAUAUUGGAUGUGUUCCAGAAGCUCUGUGCAGGACUGAAUUGCCCCUGGAAAUUCUGUGAUGAGAAGAUAUCUAUGGAUGAAAAUGUUAUGUCAACACACAGCACAGCCAGACUGAGUUUUGUGACUCCCCGCCACCACAGGACAGCUGUGUGUCUCUGCAAAGAUGGGAAGUGCCCACCUGUCCAUCAGGGGUGUGAAGAAAAUCCUUGCCCUGCAGGAUCUGAAUGUGUUGCUGACCCAAGAGAGAAGUACACCUGUGUGUGUCCCGGGGGCGGGUUUGGUCAGUGCCCAGGGAGUUCAUCCAUAACCUUUACUGGAAACAGCUUUGUGAAAUAUCGUCUAACGGAGAAUGAGAACAAAUUAGAGAUGAGAUUGACCAUGAGACUGAGAACCUAUUCUCCCCAUGCAGUUGUGAUGUAUGCUCGAGGGACCGACUAUAGUAUCCUGGAGAUUCAUAAUGGAAGACUGCAGUACAAAUUUGACUGUGGAAGUGGCCCUGGAAUUGUCUCUGUUCAGAGUAUUCAAGUCAAUGAUGGACAGUGGCAUGCAGUGUCUCUAGAAGUGGAUGGGAAUUAUGCUAAAUUGGUUCUCGAUCAAGUCCACACUGCAUCAGGCACAGCACCAGGGACUCUGAAAACCCUGAACCUGGAUAACUAUGUGUUUUUUGGUGGUCACAUCCGCCAGCAAGGAACAAGGCAUGGACGAAGCCCCCAGGUUGCCAACGGGUUCAGGGGCUGUAUGGACUCCAUCUAUUUGAAUGGGCAGGAGCUGCCUUUAAAUAGUAAACCAAGAGCCUAUGCGCACAUCGAAGAAUGGGUAGAUGUGUCUCCUGGGUGCUUACUAACAGCCACAGAAGACUGUUCCAGUAACCCUUGUCAGAAUGGAGGUGUUUGCAAUCCCUCACCCACUGGAGGUUAUUACUGCAAGUGCAGUGCUUUGUAUGCGGGAACAUACUGUGAGGUGAGCGUCAACCCGUGCGCCUCCAACCCCUGCCUGUACGGUGGAACAUGCCUGGUAGACAAUGGAGCUUUUGUGUGCCAGUGCAGGGGAUUGUAUACUGGUCAGAGAUGCCAGCUUAGUCCGUACUGCAAAGAUGAACCAUGUAAAAAUGGUGGAACAUGUUUUGAUAGUUUGGAUGGUGCUGUUUGCCAGUGUGACUCAGGCUUUAGGGGAGAAAGGUGUCAGAGCGACAUUGAUGAAUGUGCUGGAAACCCCUGUCGGAACGGGGCCCUUUGUGAGAACACACAUGGCUCCUAUCACUGUAACUGCAGCCAGGAGUACAGAGGGAAGCACUGUGAGGACGCUGCUCCCAACCAGUAUGUGUCCACUCCCUGGAACAUUGGACUGGCUGAAGGAAUAGGAAUUGUUGUGUUUAUAGCAGGGAUAUUUUUACUGGUGGUAGUGUUUGUCCUCUGCCGCAAGAUGAUCAGUCGGAAGAAGAAACACCAGGCUGAACCUGAAGACAAGCGCUUGGGGCCAAGCACGGCCUUCUUGCAAAGACCUUACUUUGAUUCAAAGCUGAACAAGAACAUUUACUCUGACAUACCACCCCAGGUGCCUGUCCGCCCUAUUUCCUACACUCCAAGCAUUCCAAGUGACUCUAGAAACAAUCUUGACCGAAACUCCUUUGAAGGAUCUGCUAUUCCAGAGCACCCAGAAUUCAGUACCUUUAACCCCGAGUCUAUGCAUGGACACAGGAAAGCAGUGGCUGUGUGCAGUGUAGCCCCAAACUUGCCUCCACCACCGCCUUCCAAUUCCCCUUCUGACAGCGACUCCAUACAGAAGCCGAGCUGGGACUUUGACUAUGAUGCUAAAGUGGUGGAUCUUGAGCCUUGUCUUUCCAAGAAGCCCCUGGAGGAAAAGCCCUCCCAGCCGUACAGUGCCCGGGAGAGCCUGUCCGAGGUGCAAUCCCUGAGCUCCUUCCAAUCUGAGUCCUGUGACGAUAAUGAAUCUUUGGCUGCUCCUGACCUCAGCAAAUCAAGAGGGUACCACUGGGAUACAUCAGAUUGGAUGCCAACUGUUCCUUUGCCAGACAUACAAGAGUUCCCCAAUUACGAGGUUAUUGAUGAGCACACACCCCUCUACUCGGCAGAUCCAAAUGCCAUCGACACUGACUAUUACCCUGGGGGUUAUGACAUUGAAAGUGACUUUCCACCACCGCCGGAAGACUUCCCUACACCUGAUGAAUUACCACCAUUGCCUCCAGAAUUCAGCGAUCAGUUUGAAUCUAUACACCCACCUAGAGACAUGCCUGCUGCAGGUAGCUUGGGGUCUUCAUCCAGAAAUCGGCAGAGGUUCAACCUGAAUCAGUAUCUGCCCAAUUUCUAUCCUGUUGAUAUGUCUGAACCUCAAAAAAAGGGCACUGGUGAGAAUAGUACUUGUAGAGAACCCUUCACCCCUUACCCUCCAGGGUAUCAAAGAAACUUCGAAGCCCCCACUAUAGAAAACAUGCCCAUGUCUGUGUAUGCCUCCACGGCUUCCUGCUCUGAUGUGUCAGCGUGCUGUGAAGUGGAGUCUGAGGUCAUGAUGAGUGACUAUGAGAGCGGAGACGACGGCCACUUUGAAGAGGUCACGAUCCCUCCGCUAGAUUCCCAGCAACAUACGGAAGUGUGACACUCAAACUCCCCCCCAAAGUGCCUGGACUUUAUCGAACCUCGAGAUGGUGUGAGUGAUCCUCCGCAUUGCUCUUUGCAGCAGUGCUUAUGCGCUUCUUUCCCAUGAGCUGCAGUGGGCAUGGCUGCACUGAAUCACUUGCCUCUUGACAUGUUAGCCAUUUCCAGUGUCCUAACCUACUGUAAUUGGAUGGGGUUUUCAUUGGCUGUGCAUCUUUUUGUAUUUACAUGUGUCUGUGCUCAAAUAAGGAAACAAAACUUGGUCCUUACCAUCUUGUUAGCAUGAGUCAUGUAUUUAUAUAGAUUCGAUUAUUUUAAUUUUCCUUUUUGUGUAAAUUUUAUGUACAGAUUUGAUUUUUUUCCCCAUAGUUUUUACUAGGCUUUCAGGAUACGUCGUGCAUUUGUUUUCUGCUGAAUCUCAGUGGUGUUUGUCUCAUUACCUAGCUCCCUGAUUCUCUAACGUAACCAGGUUUCACUUUCUGUUCUUUUCCACUGAAGUAUGACAUUUCAUUAACACAUUUCAGUCUAGCCAUUUAUUUGUAGCUGUACAUAGAGGGUGAAGAAGAGCUGAUACAUGCACAUGUCUUAAAUGGGUUGCUGUAUUUUAGGAUUAUAAACAUUUUUCAUUAUUGGAAAGUGUAAAGGGGACCUUCUGCAUACCUGUUUAGAACCAAAACCGCCAUGACACAGUUUUUAUAGUGUCUGUAUAUUUGUGAUGCAAUGGUCUUGUAAAGGUUUUUACUGAAAACUACCAUUAGCCAGCCUUUCUUACUGACAAUAAAUUAUUAAUAAAAUA